AUGCUACCACCACGAUGUUUGCAUCGGCAUGUAGUGACCGCCCUGCCCUCACAAAGUUCUGAUACAGUACGGAGGCUCUCACUACUCACUCAUGGUCUGACGAGCGCAUGCUAUCGCACUCGCACUCAUGUUGCCGUAUCAUGGGCCAGCGUCACUCGUCGCCACGCCGGCACGAUCAGUGCUCGCUUGAGCCAGGCCGGUGGUGUCGAUAAGGGCCUCCCAGAUGGAAUCAAGGUCUACGAGGCGGAGCCUUUGACCGUACAGAAGAGUGUCUUCGUUGGAAGAGCCUGCAAGCUCGAGGAUCCUUCUCAUGUACUUGAUGUUCUGGCGUGGAUCAUGCAGCAGAAGGGUGUCGAAAAGGCGGCUCACCCUAUUAUCUAUGCUUGGAGGUGCAGAGUGAAUGGCCUUGUGCAACAGGGUGAUGACGACGACGGAGAGACAGCAGCUGGUGAUAGACUGGCGAGGCUUCUCGAGUUAGUGGAAGCCGAGAAUGUCCUUGUCGUCGUUACGCGCUACUUUGGAGGAGUAAAAUUGGGUCCAUCUAGGUUCAAAUACAUCUCACAAGCGGCAAGAAAUGCUCUGGAUGCCGGAGGUCUACUGCAGAGGCAAUCGGAAAAGGCUGCGACGCGUUCUUCUAAGAAGCGUAGAUAA